AUGGUGAGGCUGGAUCCUCAAACCGCUCACGCCGCCGGCGUCCACGCGCUGCAAGGGAGCCCCGCCUUGAUCGUGCUCUUCGCCGUCGCGGUCGUGGCCGUGGCCGCCAUCGCCGCGUUCGGGUGCGCCGAGGGUGCCAAGAAGAAGAAGAGCAGCGCCAAGAGCGUGCAGUACUACGGCAGCCACGGGUACACGGCGACGGCGGCACCCAAGUACUCGACGCCUAGCGCUGGGAAGAGCACGACCCAAGCGUCCAACAACGACCUCGUGACGGGGAUGGCUCUCGGCGCGGCGACGACGAUGAUGAUGAGCUCGGCGGCGUCCGCGUGCGGAGGUGGCGGCGGCGGGUGCGGUGGCGGCGGUGGCUGUGGCGGCGGGGGCGGUUGCGGCGGCUGUUGA